AUGAAGCCUGGCAUAAAGCUCAAGGUGAUCGUGACGCGGCGUCUCCCCCGGGAGAUCGAGGCGCGCAUGAUGGAGCUUUUCGACACCCGACUCAAUGAGGACGAUCGGCCGCUGGACCGUGAGGCCCUGGCGCAAGCCGUGGCGGAGGCCGACGUGUUCGUGCCGACGGUGACGGACACGAUCGACGGCGACCUCAUCGGCCAAGCCGGCCCUGACCUGAAGCUGAUCGCGAGUUUCGGAACCGGCGUCGAUCACAUCGACCUCGCGGCGGCCAGAGAGCGCGGAAUCCUGGUGACCAACACGCCGGGCGUGCUGACCGAGGACACCGCGGACAUGACGAUGGCGCUGAUCCUCGCGGUGCCACGCCGGCUUUCCGAGGGUGAACGGCUUCUGCGCGGCGGCGACUGGCAGGGAUGGGCGCCGACCACCAUGCUGGGCCACCGGAUCUGGGGCAAGCGCCUCGGCAUCAUCGGCAUGGGGCGGAUCGGCCAGGCGGUCGCACGCCGGGCGCGGGGCUUCGGCAUCUCCAUCCACUACCACAACCGGAACCGUCUCGACGGCGAGACCGAGGCCGAGCUCGAGGCGACGUGGUGGCAGAGCCUGGACCAGAUGCUGGCGCAUAUGGAUUUCGUCUCGAUUCACUGCCCGAGCACGCCGGCCACCUAUCACCUGCUGUCGGCCCGGCGGCUCAGCCUGCUGCGCCCGCAAGCGUACGUCAUCAACACCUCGCGCGGCCACGCCAUCGACGAGGCGGCGCUGGUGCGCCUGCUCGAAGCCGGCAGGAUCGGGGGCGCCGGGCUCGACGUGUACGAGAACGAGCCCGUCGUCACGCCGAAGCUGCUCACGCUCGACAAUGUGGUGGCGCUCCCUCACAUCGGCUCGGCCACGAUCGAGGGGCGCCGCGAUAUGGGCGAGAAGGUGCUGAUCAACAUUCAGACGUUUGCCGACGGGCACAAUCCGCCCGACCGGGUCAUCGAUCCGGCGGGCUGA